AUGCUGCUGCACGUCUUGCUGGGCGCUGGAGGAGCUAGCGGGGGCGGUGGAGGCGGCAGUGGAGGCGGUGGAGGAGGUGGGGGUGGCGGUGGGGGUGGUGGCGGGGGUGGAGGUGUAGGUGGCGGCAGUGGAGGCGCAGUCGGCAGCGGCGAUGGCGGAGGGAGCGGAGGUGGCGGCGGUGGAGGAGGAGGCGGCGGAGGAGGUGGAGCUGGUCGGGGUGGCGCUGCGCAGAGGUGA